ACGAAAUAAAGAGACUUUAGAACUAUUCUUAUGUUGCCACAUGUUCUGUAUUAUUAUAGAAAAUAUUUUCAAGUUCAAAAUCAUAUUUUAUUUAUUUUACCGACAAGUUAUUCUAAAAAAAAAUGGUGCAAAAGGGAUGGCGCAAUUGAUAAAUUGUAUGGUAAAUAUUGUGAAAAAAAAGUGAGUCACAUUGAAAGAGGUGAAACAGGAAGGAACAAUGCGCGGUUUCUCCUCUCACAGUUUGCGGGAAUAUUUCAAAGUCAUUAUCAUCUUCAAGGAGGUCAAGCAUGGGAAGAGCGUGUGGUACGCAUUAGGUACAAAAUAAUAAUGCACGAUACAAUCGUAUUUUGCAACACUAUACUUUCCGUCACAUUAAUUGAUAAUUAUGUUACCGAUAAAUGUGACUCCUAUGCGUGCGCUAACACUACCUACCAGGUGAUACUACACUGUUUUGCCCUUUUUUAGCAAAACUUCUUCUCUAAUUGGAUUUUUCAUUGGUCAGAAAGGUUGUGUAUACGGAAACUUAAUAAGAAAUAAAAAUAUCUUUAGUUUAAAUGAAUUUUAGAACUUGUGAAAAGUGUCUAUAUUCUUUCUAUUUUUCAUGUUAAAAUCAUUAGAUUAAAAUCCUUUAGAAAGUCAUGAAUUCAUAGAAUUUUUCCAGCUUAUCCCAGUGGAAAAUAUGAAAAGUCUUUUUGGCUUUUUUUAUUAUUAUUAUUAUUCUGAGACGAUUUCCCCAUGAAGAGUGGGUAAACCUCUUUAAGAUUAGUUAAUCUACAAUGCAAUUAUAUUUUUUCUUAAAUUACUAAAAUACUUGAAAAGCAAAGAAAAGAGCCAAUUGCCAAAAAAAAACCAGAUUCUCAUGAAAAAUGUCUUUCGGCUAAUAUCUUAAUUCUCAUUUGACCUGCAAAUCCCUUUUUUAUACCAAUCUUAAAAUUUUAUUUGAGCACAGUGGAAGGGAGUGGCGUACUUGUUUUAUAUUUUAGAUGGACUUAGGUAGAGGAAGAUAGAGGCUUUUGAACGCAAAAUGAGGUCCCAAAGAUAAAGUUAUGAAUCACAGCGUAUAGCAUAUAAAAGAAGACCUACCAAUACGUCUCAUCGGUUAAACAAUACUUUGCACUGAUUGGGAAUUUUUCAAGUGCUCAAAUUGUGCAAAUUAAUUCAUAAAGCAUAUUCGUUCAGUGAAUUUGGAAAUUACCCGGAAAAUAAAAUAAUACAUAAUGCGUGCGGGGAAUCCCUUUUGUUAGGAGAACUUUUAGUUUUAUUAUUCGAAGAACUUUUAAGAUUAGUUUUGUGGUAAUUUCUCGUCAAAGAAAUAAAUUUUUUUAGGUUGUGGGAAAAUGUGAAUUUUCCUUUGAAUUUUCUUCAGUUACUUUGCGCAUGAGUGAAGCUAAAGUGAUCUUGAUACCAUCACUAAUUCUUAUUUAAUUUCCUUCCCACUAUUGGACUUUUCUUUUGCCACCCCCACCAUCCGAAAGGGGAAGAAACGUUUAAGAAAAAAAAAAGAAAUCUUAGAGAAAGCUCCCAAGAAGCUUCGAAGAAAAUCUGCUUCCCAUUCAAAGUGUUCUCGUCUCUCGAGCAACAGGUGCAAGCUGGUCAAGUUCCAAAGAAUUUUAUCAGAAAACAAUAAAAUUUUUUCAUGUGCAAAGUUCGUGUUUAGAAGAUUGAAAUUGAAAAAAGAAAAAAAUAUGUUUUAAGGUGAUUUUAAAGGGGAGGUGGAGCAUUAUUUCUCAAUCAUGUGUUCUUGUCAACAUUGCAAUUAACAAAUAUUUUACGGUUAAUGAGACAACCAAGAACAAUUUUUAUCAAACAGACGUGUAAAAUUGCUUUAUUGUCAGCAUUGAAGUAAUAUAAUUUUAUUAUUAUUUGUAUACAAACAAUUUUUAUAUACCUCACUCCUCUCUUGGCUAAAAUUUUUUUUCUUUACCUCCACACUCGGGCUUUUUUUCUCUCUUUGCCUUUUUCUGACACACUGUGGAAUUGAGUGGCGAUUAAUUUUGCGCUUUCUGGUAUAUUCUCUCUGACUGUCGGGUCUGGGAAGACUUUAGUUCCAUUUAAACUGUCGUCCAGAACAGUUGGAAAUAAUACUUUACUACUUUUUCGGAAGAUCGAUCUACUACUGAAAGACGGUGCGCUCGUGUGAGGCUCAAGACGAGGGGCUUUGCCUGAUUUUUCUCAACGAGAAAUAAUCAAAUUUUAAAAAUUAUUUUGAAAGAAAUUCUUUAAAAAAAAUUAACGUGCUACAGUUCUUUUGAAAAAAAGUGAAUUUAUGUGCUGAAAAGAUAAUUAUUUAAAAAAAAAAUAGAAAAACGCCAUAAAUAAAUAACUAUACAGAACACAAACGAUAAACCACCGACAAUUUAAAGUAAUUUUCUGUUUUUUAUUAUUAAUCAAUUUUUAAUUAUAUAACUUAGACAAGAAAUAAAAAAAGUUCAAUUCAGUGAGUGACUACAUAUUUUAUUUUUGCAAUUAAAUAAUUACACAUAGAACCGAUAAAACAGAUAAAAUUUAGUUGAAAAGUAUUAAUUAAACAACAAAAAAAAACCACUGAAUUGUAAUAAUUUUGUGUGGAAAACUAAAGUGAAAAUCGUGUACAAGGUGACAAAUGUGGUUUUUCUAUGGAAACAUUCUGUACGAGAGGAGCUUUUAAUUGCAAGUUUACCUCCAAUUUGAGCUUUUAGAAGUUUUAAAGACUUCAUUUUCCUGUGUGAAUUGUGAUAUAUAUUAAUCAAGAGUAUUAAAUCGACUUGUGGUGCGGAUUAAGCUACCAAAAGAAGAAAAAAACAAUGAAGAAAACCUACGGAGUAUCCAAUGGAGGUUUUGUUGCCUCAACAGACGACCUCAAAGCAAAACAGAAUGGUAUUGAAAUCACAGAGGUACGAGAUCCGGGAGAAAGUGAAGCACAGGAAGGUGCAGAAAAUCGUGCAACAUGGGGUAACAGCAUAGAAUUCCUCAUGUCCUGCAUUUCAAUGUCCGUUGGACUUGGGAAUAUUUGGCGAUUUCCCUUUAUAGCUUAUGAGAAUGGUGGUGGAGCUUUCCUCAUUCCUUACAUCAUUGUCCUUAUUAUCGUUGGUAAACCCAUGUACUACAUGGAAAUGAUCCUCGGGCAAUUUACAAGUCGGAGCUCCGUUAAAAUAUGGGCUGUGUCACCAAUUUUUAAAGGAAUCGGAAUUGGACAAAUGGUUGGAACGUGCUCUGUGAUCUCAUACUACUGCUCAAUGAUUGGACUAACACUGAACUAUCUCUUUUCAUCAUUCCAAUCUGAACUUCCGUGGUCACGAUGCCGCGAAGAAUGGGGAGAGAAUUGCGUGGACUCCAAACCAAAUCCCAAUCAGACCAACAUCGAAAAUGGUGUUAGCAGUUCCGAAUUUUAUUUCAUGAAAGAAGUUCUUAAAGCAAAAGAGCAAAUUGAUGAUGGAAUAGGUGUUCCUGAUUGGAAAAUGACGUUGUGGCUCCUUUUGGCAUGGGUUUUGGUCUUUAUCAUCAUUUCGCGGGGUGUUAAGAGUUCCGGAAAAGCUGCCUACUUCCUCGCCAUUUUCCCCUAUGUCGUGAUGAUCAUCCUCCUCAUACGUGCGUGCACACUUGAGGGUGCCGGCGAGGGGAUACUCUUCUUCAUUAAACCACAAUUCUCCGAAUUACUCAAUCCAAAGGUCUGGAAGGAGGCUGUCGUGCAGUGUUUCUUUUCUUUAGCCACCGGAAUGGGUCCAAUUAUAAUGUUUGCAUCUUAUAAUAAUUUUCAUCAUAACGUUUAUAGGGAUGCAAUGAUCGUGACGACAUUGGACACGUUCACGAGCCUCCUUGGGGGCAUCACCAUGUUUGCCAUCCUCGGGAAUUUGGCCCACAAUCUCAACGUUGACAUCACACAAGUCGUGAAGGUUGGCUCUGGAUUGGCAUUCAUCUCCUACCCUGAUGCUAUCUCGAAAUUCGACUGGGUACCUCAGCUCUUCUCAGUGUUGUUCUUCUUCAUGCUCUUUGUGCUCGGCAUGGGAUCUGUUGUGGCCCUCGUGAGUGCUGUUGUGACCGUAUUGAGGGAUCAAUUCCCCAAAGUAGUCUACUGGCAGAUGGCACUAAUUGUAUGCUCAGCCAUGUUCCUCGCUGGACUUAUUUACACAACUCCGGGUGGUCAAUGGAUGCUGGAUCUCGUAGAUCACUACGGAGGAACUUUUCUCAUCUUUGCCCUGGCUGUUGUGGAAUUGGUGGCAAUCUUCUGGGUCUAUGGCCUUGCAGACUUCAUACUGGACACGCAAUUCAUGUGCAAACGCUACUUGGGCAUCUACUGGCGCUACUGCUGGAGCUUCGUGACACCCGUCUUCAUGAUGGCCAUCUUUGUCUACUACAUGGCCACACUGAAGCCCCUCACAUUCGGCGACAGUCAUUACCCCGAAGCAGCUCAUGUGGCUGGAUGGAUUCUCUUUGGCAUUGGCCUCCUGCAGCUACCACUAUGGGCCAGCUAUGCCAUUGGAUGUCGCGGCUCCUUCAUGGACAAUGUGCGAAAGAGUGCACGACCCACCGAAGAAUGGGGUCCCAAAAAUCCCAAAUCCUACCUCGAGUGGAAGCAGUUCAAGGCAGACAUUAAGGCACGCAAUGAUCUCUACAAUGCUGAACGUAACUACCCCAAAUGGAAAAUAGCUCUUCGCAAUUUCUUUGGUAUCUAUGUGAACUGAAAGAAUUUAGGGGGACGCGGGCAGGAAGCAACCCAGCGAAAUGCAGUGUUUUAAGUAUUGUAUAAUAGCUCCUAAGUCAUAAUUAAAUCAUACAUAUUGUAUAGAGAAGAGUAUAUUAACAAUUAAAUCUACUGAGAGAAUAAAUUAAAUAAA